CUCAGGUCUCAAGUGACACACCGGGGAGGAGGGGGGGGGGUGUUUAUUUUUAGCCCCUGAAUGGAUCUGUGCUGGAGCCCAGCUCGCUGCCCCUGUCAAGGGCAUGGAUAACUUCGAGUACAGCAUCCAGCUGAACGACAGGGAGUGGGCUGAGUUCCUCUCGGCGUCGGAGGAAUGCGACCUAGCGCCGGCCACCCUGGCCACGGCCGAGGAGCAGUGUCUCAGUGACAUUGAACAAGGGGACGGCGUGCCGGGGAGGGACUGCACCGAGGGGCAGGUGGCAGCCAAGGUGGGCAGCGAUCCAGGGCCGGGUUGGGGACACUCUGCCCCACGUGGGGUGGCCGCAGACACCUCCCUGAGCCGGCCGGCCGGCGGCCACCUCUCCCCGACCGAGCUCCUUUCGGGCAGCGAGGACGAAGCGGAGCUGGGCUCGGUCAGCAGGUUCCUGUCUGAAAGCCACAAACCCGCCCGCCCUCGGUCACCUCCGAUGCCCAGCGCCCAGAGGAGGCAGCCCUCCUGUCCCCCCGCUCCAGCCACCCCGGCGGGGGGCACGGCCCCGGGCACCCCCCGGCAGGACGCGGGAUGUGAGGAGCCAGCGGCACCGCAGCCGCCCUCGGAGGAAGGAGAAGGCAGAGGCUGCCAGGCCAUGGAGACCCCCAAGCCCCCAGCCGGAGCAGGAGCCCAAGGAGGGGAGGAGGGAGGCGAAGAGCCCCGUGCCAGCCCGCUGGUCCCGCAGCCUCUCCCGCUGAGCGGUUCGCCGGCGACCAGGAGGAAAAACCCACGAACGGAGCCCGUGCAACGGGGACCCCCGCGGGACCACCCUCCGAGUCCGUCCCUGGAGACUGCACCCAAAACCCGGGAGGAGGCGAGCGGGGAAAAAACAAGCACGGAACCCAGCUCCCCGGACGUGGUGAGGCCCAAGGUGCCAGGGCAGCAGAGAAAGAACCGCAAGCAGCGCGGAGCCGGGGCCACCGAGGUGGCACAAGGGGACAGGGAACCAGCGGGGGCUGCGGCACAGGGCGCUGGAGCAGCUGUGAAGGCACCUUCGAGCUCACCCCUCACCUCACGGAAAAGCAAAGGGAAGGAGAAGGCAGCGAAGCCGCCUCUGGUGAAAGUGGGGAGCGAGGAGGCAGCGGAGAGCAAGCGGGCGGUGCCCUGCCCUGGCAGAGAUGAGGGUGAAGCAGCCACGAGUGCUCCUCCAAAGCAGAAGGUGAAGGAGCCACCAGAGACACAGCCCCCAGGGAAGGAGAAGGCCACCAAGCACUCGAAGCCGGAGCAGGCUGGUGGCUUGGGCAUUUGUGACACUGUGGCAGUGAUCCCGGCCAACGGAGCCGUGGCUCCCGCGGGAGAGGCAUGCCAGGAAGUGCUGGAGAAGCCUCUCCAUCCCAAGAGCAUGGUGGCUUCUGAAGGGGCUGGCUCUGGGACAGCUCCCAAGGAGCCUGCAGCUGAGCCCCCCGUGGAACUGGGCCCCCCGUGCUCUGUAGAUGGAGCCUCUGCAAAGGUAGACACUCUGGAUGUAACCUGGCCAGAGAUGUAUGAGUAUUUGUUCUGUGAAUCCCAAGGGGAAGAAGAAGAACUGGGGAACUCACUGGAAGGGGAGAAAAAACGCUUGGAAGGGGAAAUGUCCUGGCCUGAACUGUAUGAAUAUUUUUUCAGUGAACCAGAAGGAAACAGGAAAAAAGUCAAGGGUAAAGAGAGGAAGCGAAAGAAGUUCAGCAGCUUGGACCACACUCAGCUGCAGAAUGACAAUCCCAGCUCGGCUCCAGUCAAAGACUCCCUGGUUAUCUCGGUCCCUGAGAUGUCCAAACACUUCUUUCCAGAUGGGCCUAGGAACAGAACGGGCUGGAGAGGGAUUUUCCCCAUCACUUCAGCCUCUGAGGUGAAGAAAGCUGUGGGGGCUUUGAAGUCCCUCCUGCAGAAGCCAGUGAGCCUGCUCAGGGGCCAGUCCCCAGCUCCCCAGGCUCUUGUGAGGAGAGCAUCUGGAGAGAAACUCGCCCUCAUCCCACUGUCUCCCCUGGGAAGAGGCCAGGAGCCACCAGAAGGUUUGGACAUGGCCCUUGCACUGACAGGGAUUCCUGAAGCCCCGUUGGUGCUGACCCACAAGGACAUGUGCCUGGUCUUCUGUGCCUUUGCCUCCUGGGCAGUGAAGACUUCAGACCUGCAGGCUCCAGAUGCCUGGAAGACCAUGUUCCUGGCAAGUUUUGGCACCCUUUCUGCCAUCCGCUACUUCAGACGGCAGGUGAGAGAAGGACACCCCCGGAUCUAAGCUCCCAAAAUCCAGAGGUGCUUCCCAAGGACAGGCCAGGAUGGUGGAUGCAGAGGCCGGGGACUUUUGUUCUUGGGUGGUAUGAGAAGCCUGGACCCCAGCACCAAGACUUCUCUGGACCCAUCCCUAAAGGGGGCAAGGAUGUCACGGGGAGCAGGAUCCUUCCAGUGACAGUGGUUUCAAUACGGUAGGCAGUUUGUACCUGUACUGGACAGAAGAGGAGCCCGGGGUGGGCUGGCUCUGUUUCUUUCUUUGUACACUUCUUGCAUAUUUGUGCCAUCAUCUCCUAGGAGUAGUCACAGUGUCUGUUCCAGGGCACUGCUUGCCCGUCCCCUCCACUGAAGUCACCCAGAGGCCAAGGAGGUCGUGGAGGGAGGAGAAAGCAAAAGAAACCAGGAAUGUGCUUGGUUCCUGUGGAAAAGUUGGGGUAUCUGUCAAGGAUGGGAGGAGAGGGCUUUGGAGAAGAGCUGUCUCUGUCCAAACAUGGUCCUUUGCUGGCUAGCUGGGCAGGGGAUGGAGGGGCCAGGCACUUGGCAAGGCCCAGAUCUCCCAUGACCAGUUUGGCUCACUGCAGGAGGACUCAUCCUCUUGGAUUUCACUCCAAGAAGUCACAGCUCGGUCCAACAGUUCAGGAGGCUGGGAUAGGGUUUCUCAUUGCACGUGGUCUGGGUGAGGAUGAGGAGCACUCACUGAAAGGACACGUCUUGGUCCCAUAGGCAGGUGUCACACAGGGUGCUGCAGGAUGAGAAGGGGCAGCAGAAAGAGGGCCUGAGCCCAGGGAAACUUUGGGAAAGAGCCUUGAGGAGGACAGGAGCAUGUUGGAGAUGAGGAAGGGGCACAUGUACUUGUUUGGCUCUGAUAAGCACCAGAUGAAGGGUCUAGAGACACAGAGGAGAUGGGGAGUGAGGAGGCUGAACGUGCAACCUCCUGGGUCUGGAGGGGGCUGGAGGGGACCCAGGAUGGAAGGUGGGGUGAAUAAUUAAAAGUAAAGUGGUUCAGGUUCCUUCCUGAUCACUCAAGGGCAUUAUCCAGGAGGGUUUUUCUUCACCCCCAAGUCUGAUAACAGCACGAAUGUGAGAUUUGUGAAGCACUUAGGGACCAGAUCCACAAAGGUACUUGGUGGGAAAUCUGCCCAGAAUACCCAGAGGGAUCUGCCCAUGAGCUUUACAGGAACAGUCUGUGGCAAUGUGUGUCUUUAAAAAUGAGGGAGAAGAGGUUUAGCUCUUUCCUUGCAGUGCAGAGUGCCAUGUGAUUUUAAUGUGUGAGGUUCCACGGAUUAUUGCUGAUAAGAGAGCAAAUGUACCAUUGUAUGAUGAGAUUUGUAGCAGUAAAUAGCAGGAGAGAAAGAUGUACAGGCUCUAUGUGGACUCUAGCAGCUGUAUAUCCAGUAAAAGGAGUUUUGUGGAGGAGGAGAGCAGAUAAAAUAUGCUGGAAGCUUCUAAUAAAGAUCUAUCUCAUUUAAUACUUUUUGUGUACA